AUUGAAGAAUAUAAAAAACUAACUUUAGCAGUCAGCUGUUCAAUGGCAGUCCUUAAGGUCACAAGUCACCACAACACAUUCAGCAAAAUAUCGUCUAGCUGUCAUUAUUAAUAAAAAACCUAGAAAAUAUCAAAAUAUAAUUUUUUUGUCAAUAUCGCACACCCUUGGGUGAUUGUGCUGUUUGUGUGCAGGUGUAAUUCAUUUACAGCCCGAGAACCAAACAGACCAUUAAACCAAGAUUAACAGAUGGAUAGAAAGAAUCAUUCUAAAACAUCCUUAGAUACCUGUCGUACUUGAAAUCGUGCUCUUUAUUAUUUUAACAAUAAUAAUAAUGUUUGACAGUUUUCGUCGGGUUAAUAACGAUGUCAGCAGUGCGCUUUUAGGUCAAUGUGAAUCUUAGCGAUUUAAGCGCAAUAAUAGGCCUAUUUGACAUCAUCGGGGCCGUGCGCUGUCUGAAGUGUCCAAGAUGCUGCAGAGAGCGCGCGCCUCCCGGCCGGAGCCGCGUCACGUGACCCGGCGCGUGUCGGCGCUACAGCCCCGCACAUUACUCGCGUCACGGCUUUACCUCCCUAACUUACUCAAACUACCGCUUUCAUCGGUCGACGAGAGCCACGGCGAGCCGGGGAAACCGAUGUCACGUCAUUUCGAACGACUCCGUGGACGUGGCGCGCGUGCUGCUCUUUCUUCACGGCGCUCGUUGACGCUCCAGAUGCGCUCGCGCUGUGAUGGUGAAUAUAGUUUCAGUUCUGUCCGAGCGGAUGCCUCGCUGCUCUUUUCUCGGCGGAUUCAGUGUCAGUGGCCGUAUGUUGAAGGAUCAGAGAUGACGUCUGUCGCCUGCUUCUGCUGAAAGAGGAUUUAACCCUUUAAAGCACUCACGGUCAAAACCACUGUACCAGAAAAAAGUCAAAUGAUGGAUGACACUGAAUACCGUCGACACGGCAAAGUGGGGAUGAUAAUUGCAAAAAAUAAAAUGCUGAAAAAUAAGGUUGCUGACGUGAGGAGAAAAGUUGUGGAAUGGUCUCUAUAGAUGUUGAAACAUCCCGUGAGAGACUGUCAGGCGGUUCAUGUGAUUCACCGUUGUAUAUCUUGUCCAUUCGAAAUCUUACUAAGUUUAUUGUAAACUCAGACUGACUGCAUUAUGAUUCUUCAGAUGCGACACGGUGUCCAUCUCCUCUGGAUUGGACUGGUUGUAUGUACUUUGGAAACUGGAGCUAGUCUCCGGUUUACUGGCGCAGAGGGACAGUGGGCCUCGUUCCCCAUGUGGAACGCUUGCUGUGAGAGCGAGAUGAGCUUCAGCAUGAAAACCAAGAGUUUCAAGGGACUUCUGGUGUACUUUGAUGAUGAAGGCUUCUGCGAUUUCCUGGAGCUGCACAUACAAGAGGGAAAACUCAGACUGCGCUUUUCUAUUUUCUGUGCUGAACCUGCUUCUGUGCUUUCAGAUGUGUUCGUCAGUGACAACCAGUGGCAUGAAAUCACAAUCAGGAGGAAAUUCAGAAACACUACCCUCACUGUUGAUAAAGAAGUAAAGUGGCAGGAGGUUAAGUCCAAAAGGCGAGAUAUGACUGUCUUCAGUCACUUGUUCUUAGGAGGGAUUCCACCAGAACUGAGAUUGAUGUCUUUACAGCUGACAUCGGACACUGUGAAUGAUCACACUGCCUUUAUGGGCUGGAUAACGGACUUAAAAGUCAACAAUACAGAGCCCGUCAUCAUUAACAGUGCCGGGGUAAGCACUGGCCUCUGUGGCUCACACAACAUGUGCUUAAACGGAGGUGUAUGCAGCGUUGUCGAUAAUGAGCCUAAAUGUGACUGCUCUGAAACCGGCUAUCAGGGAAAAGACUGCGGCGAAGGUCUGGCACACCUGAUGAUGGGCGACCAAGAGAUGGAAGAAAAUGUGGCGACAUUCAAAGGUUCAGAAUACUUCUGCUAUGACCUUUCUCUGAACCCGAUCCAAAGCAGCAGUGAUGAAAUCACGCUGUCAUUCAAAACACUCCAAAGAAAUGGACUGAUGCUUCACACAGGAAAAUCUGCUGACUAUGUUAACCUGGCGCUGAAAAACGGAGCAGUUUCUCUCGUCAUAAAUUUGGGUUCUGGGGCAUUUGAAGCUCUGGUGGAACCAGUCAAUGGGAAAUUUAAUGACAAUGAAUGGCAUGAUGUAAAAGUAACAAGGAAUUUGCGUCAGCACUCAGGCAUUGGACAUGCUAUGGUGACAAUAUCUGUGGAUGGAAUACUGACCACCACAGGAUAUACUCAAGAGGACUACACCAUGCUUGGAUCUGAUGACUUUUUCUACAUUGGAGGAAGUCCUAGUACAGCCGACCUGCCUGGAUCACCAGUUAGCAACAACUUUAUGGGCUGUCUAAGGGAGGUUGCAUAUAAAAACAAUGAUGUUCGACUGGAGCUGUCCAGAAUGGCCUUAAAAGGCGACCCAAAAAUGAAGAUACAUGGAGUUGUUGCCUUUAAGUGUGAGAAUGUUGCCACAUUAGAUCCCAUUUCUUUUGAGACACCGGAAUCCUUCAUCACACUUCCUAAAUGGAACACUAAGAAAACCGGUUCUAUUUCAUUUGACUUCCGCACCACUGAGCCCAACGGACUUCUCCUCUUCAGCCAUGGGAAACCUAAGCAACAGACAAAAGAGGCCAAGAGCCCUUUCCCAAGAAAGGUAGACUUCUUCGCCGUUGAGAUGCUGGAUGGUCUUUUGUAUUUGCUUCUGGAUAUGGGAUCAGGCACAAUCAAGACACUGGCUAUGAACAAAAAAGUGAAUGAUGGAGAGUGGUAUCAUGUGGACUUCCAGAGGGAUGGAAGAUCAGGUACCAUCUCUAUCAACACAAUUCGCACACCGUACCAAGCCCCAGGAAACAGCGAGAUUCUUGACCUGGAUGAUAGCCUUUAUCUAGGAGGGCUGCCAGAGAAUAAAGCUGAUAUGGUGUUUCCUACUGAAGUGUGGACUGCUUUGCUCAACUAUGGUUAUGUAGGCUGCAUCCGUGACUUCUUCAUCAGUGGUCAGAGCAAAGACAUCCGCCGCAUAGCUGAGGUGCAGAAAGCAGCAGGCGUAAAGACCUCCUGCAGUAAAGAUGCUCCUAAGCAGUGUCUCAGUAACCCCUGCCAAAACAAUGGAAUCUGCAGGGAAGGGUGGAACCGUUAUGUAUGUGACUGCUCCGGGACGGGAAAUCUUGGUCUCUCCUGUGAGAGAGAUGCCACCAUUCUCAGUUACGAUGGCAGUAAGUUCAUGAAGGUCCAUUUAUCUGUAGCUGUGCAUACAGAGGCUGAAGAUGUCUCGCUACGGUUCCGCUCCCAGAGGGCAUAUGGCGUUCUCAUGGCGACCACUUCUCGAGACUCCGCAGACACCCUCCGUUUGGAGCUGGACACAAGUCGAGUCCGACUCACGGUUAAUCUAGACUGUGACAGGAUAAACUGUACCUCGAGCAAAGGACCUGAGACCAUGUUUGCUGGUCAGAAUCUGAAUGAUAAUGAAUGGCACACGGUACGAGUGAGCAGGAGAGGGAGGAGUCUGAAGCUGUCUGUGGAUGACUUGGCCACUGUUGAAGGAGAGAUUCCAGGUGACCACACGCAGCUGGAGUUUCACAACAUUGAGACUGGGAUUGUUACAGAGAAACGCUACCUGCUCAUCACGCCCUCCAACUUCAUCGGGCACCUCCAGAGCCUGACGUUCAACGGCAAGCCCUACAUCGACCUCUGCGUAAACGGAGACAUCGACUACUGCGAAGUCAACGCCGUGAUCGGGUUCAAGAACAUCAUCGCAGAUCCGGUGACCUUCAGGUCCUGCUCAAGCUAUCUGUCUCUGAGCACGCUGCAGGCGUACUACUCCAUGCACCUGUUCUUCCAGUUCAAGACCACCUCCUCAGACGGACUCAUCCUGUUCAACAGUGGAGACGGAAAUGACUUCAUCGCUGUAGAGCUGGUUAAGGGCUUCCUGCAUUACAUCUCAGACUUGGGAAACGGUGCUUAUCUCAUCAAAGGAAACUCAAACAAGCCUCUUAAUGACAACCAAUGGCACAAUGUCGUCAUCUCCAGAGACACCAAUAACCUGCACACUGUCAAAAUCGACACCAAAAUCACCACCCAGACCACCAUGGGGGCCAGAAAUCUUGACUUAAAAGGCGAUCUCUACAUUGGCGGCGUUCCUGAGGAGGUAUACAAAGAGUUGCCCAAGUUAGUUCACGCAAAAGAAGGAUUUCAAGGCUGUCUGGCAUCCGUGGAUCUGAACGGCCGUUUGCCAGACCUGGUGACCGAAGCGCUGGCCUGCAUUGGACAGAUCGACAGAGGAUGUGAAGGGCCCAGCACUACCUGUCAGGAGGAUUCGUGUGCUAAUCAGGGGGUCUGCAUUCAGCAGUGGGAGGGCUUCACCUGCGACUGCAGCAUGACCACGUACGGAGGACCUCUGUGUAACGAUGCAGGCACCACAUAUAUAUUUGGGAGAGACGGUGGUCUGAUCACGUACACAUGGCCACCGAACGACCGUCCGAGCACACGAGCUGAUCGGCUGGCGAUGGGCUUCAGCACUCAUCUGAAGGAAGCUCUGCUGGUGCGAGUUAACAGCUCCUCUGGGUUAGGUGACUAUCUCAAACUGCACAUUGUGAAUGGCUACAUUGUGGCUAUAUUCAAUGUGGGCACAGAUGACAUCAACAUUGAGGAGAAAGCAAAGUUUGUAAAUGAUGGAAAGUACCAUAUAGUGAAGUUCACAAGGAGUGGUGGCAACGCAACGCUGCAGGUGGACGAUCUGCCUGUUAUCGAACGCUACCCCACAGGAAACAUUGAUAGUGAACGGCUGGCGAUCGCUAGACAGCGAAUUCCAUAUCGACUCGGUCGAGUAGUUGACGAUUGGCUACUCGACAAAGGCCGUCAGCUCACAAUCUUCAACAGCCAGAUGACCAUCCAGAUCGGUGGCUGGGAAAAAGACCACAGCCGUGCCUUCCAGGGCCAAAUGUCUGGUUUCUAUUACAACGGCUUGAAGGUUUUUAACAUGGCCGUGGAAGGAGACCCCAACAUCCGCAUCGAAGGCAGCGUGAGGCUGGUUGGGGAGGUGCAGUCGUCCUCUAUAUCACCACAGUCCAGCGCUACGGUUUCUCGCUCGGAAACCUCUACCUCAGUCGUGGAGAUCACUACCACAAGCACCUCCAACCAGAAGAUCAAACCCAGCACAAGUGAACCCCAGCAGACUACCGAUGACUUGUUGGUGGCGUCUGCCGAGUGCCCCAGCGACGAUGAGGACAUAGACCCGUGCGAGCCGAGCUCAGGUGGGUUAGCUAACCCCACAGGCCCCGGGGUCAAGAGCUAUCCUGACCAGUCGGAGGUUUUCCGUGAGUCCAGCAGUACUACAGGCAUGGUGGUCGGCAUCGUCGUUGCUGCCGCGCUUUGCAUCCUCAUUCUUCUUUACGCCAUGUACAAAUACCUCAACCGCGAUGAAGGAUCGUACCAAGUGGAUGAGAGCCGCAACUACAUUUGCAAUUCAGCCCAGUCAAAUGGAACGGUUGUAAAAGAGAAAGCGAUGGACGGCACCAGUAGUGUCAGCAAGAGCAAGAAAAACAAAAACAAGGAGUAUUAUGUGUAACGCUAUUAUCCCUGGUCCUUACAGGACCACCAUUCUCAUGCACAGUUCUCAUAAAAGUCAUAUAUAAGACCUUCUCGUGUAAGAUAAAGACUUUUGAGAGAUUAUGGAAAAGCAUUUAGUCAUCAUAUAACAACAGUACAGUGGAAAUCUUUGAUAUUUAAUUCAUGUAAUGGAUGACAGAACUGAUGGACAGCCACUUGUUCAGGAAAUGUCCAGCAGGCUGGUCGGAGUA